AUGUCAUCCCUAUUCAACAAGUGCAAUCAUGUGCCAAGAGCAAUUUUCUUGCUCGCUUGUUGUAUACAGUGGAUAAUCUUCACGCAAGGAGGAGUUGCCCACAGGAUGCCAAAUCCAGAAGGUUCCGCAGACCUAGAGCUGUUGUACGAAAAGCUCCAUGGAGCCAAUCAAAGAAUUAAGGAAUUGGAAAGUAGUUUGCAUAAUGGCGGCGGUCCGAAUUCCAUUCCGUCGAAUCCAGAAGGUUCCGCAGACCUAGAGCUGUUGUACGAAAAGCUCCAUGGAGCCCAUCAAAGAAUCAAGGAAUUGGAAAGUAAUUUGCAUGAUGGCGGCGGUCCGAAUUCCAUUCCGUCAUCGCUACCUGGAAAUCUCACUCCGGGAGACAAUAAUCUAUCGGCUAGCUUUUUGGGGGCCAAAAUAUUGUUCGAGUCUUUGCCGUUUUCGGAAAGCGCCCUCUCGAAACCAAUGGUCCUACGAAAUUUCAUUCGGCGCAAGCGCGUGUUGAACAAGACCACCAUUGUGUUGUCCACGCAGACAUCCACACGCAAAUUCGAAAGGUUGCAUCAGCAGUUAUUCUACUGGAAUGGUCCUUCUUCGAUCGCAAUCUACAUCAAGAGCGAGGACGAUCUCCUGAAGUUGGCAAACUUUACUUCUGAACAUACAGAGCUCUUGAAAGAAGCUAGUUUUCAUCUAGUUAUGGAGAAGACAAACUUGCCAUACCCAGCGAACAUACUACGAAAUGUUGCCAUGGAAGGGAUUGAAUCUUUCUACUUUGUGGCCAUGGACGUGGACCUAAUCCCGCUACCAAAGAAUUGUUACAGCGAACUGAGCCUUUCAAUGUCGCGAAUAUCCAUGGCCAACAAAACCAAAACUCUCUUUGUGCUGCCCGCGUUUUCGCUGCUUUCAGAAAAAAAGGGGGGAUUUGCCAAUGCAAGUGAAGUCCCAAUAACGAAACGAAAGGCAGUCGCCAUGGCAAGGAGUGGCCAUAUUGAACAAUUCCACCUUCGAAGAUUUCCUCGAGGUCAUGCUCCAUCCAGAUAUCCAGCGUGGAUGAAAGCAGACGAAGAUGCGGAAGACUUUUAUCGAGUCACCAUGACCAAGGCUGAAAGCGAGAGAUACGAACCCUAUGUCUUGGGCUUCAAGCCAGGCGUGCCAAGAUAUUGGGAAGGUAAGCCAACGCCAUCUAUGACUCCUCUUGCACUCAUUUUGCUCGAGUUGGAAGCUGACCCAACUCACCGGUUUUGA